UCUCAGUCGCCGAGAACACUACGAGAUUUAGAUAGUAGCUGUGGUCAGUUGUGUAAGUUCUGUAUCUGUGGAACAGUGAAUUCAGGUGCACACAUUUUGAUAUUAGUGAAUGACUACAAUUACACGACUGGCUUAGUGAAAUUACUGUGAGUCAUAGGCACGAUAUUACUACCAGUGCCGGAUGCUAGCUAGGAUAGCUAACGUGAAAUGUCCGUGCAUGUGAGGCAUGUCUGACGUUACUGAACAACUUUCCUCCGUGACACCCAGGUGAAGGGCAGUAAAACAAUGUCAAGCAGGUUAGCGCUUCAUUUCGGGUUUAGAAGAUUAAAGCCCCGCUAUGACUGGCCACGGCUACAGCAGAAGUCGAUGUGUGCGGAUGCACACGGCACCUACAUCCAGGGACAGAGCCCCGAACCCCGCGUACGAGAGUACUUCUACUACGUAGAUCACCAAGGCCAGCUCUUCCUGGAUGACACGAAGCUUAAGAACUUCGUCACCUGUUUCAAAGACCAGAAGUUCCUUGUGUUCUUCUUCAGUCGUCUGCGGUUGAACCGUCUGGGCCGCUACGACCAGCACUUCCCCUACGUGUCGCCCUGCGGCCGCGAACGCAACUUCCUGCGCUGUGACGACCAGCCCGUCGUCUUCACCCACCUGCUGCCGCCUCCGUCGCCGCCGGGCGAGACGCCCAUGCCCGUGCCCGCGCCCGCGCCCGCGCCCCUGCUGUCCUUCUGCGGCGGCGGGGAGCAGCUGGCGGUCCGGUUCCGACCCGAGGCUCUCUACAUGCAGCCCGCCAGCGGACGCCUCUACCACCCGGCGCCGGAGAGGACGGGGGGGGUCGGGUUGGUCCGGUCCGCUCUGGCCUUCGAGCUCAGCGCCAACUUCAGUUACCACGGCGACACGCCCACAAGCUUCGUGUGGGAGGGGCACACGCACACGCUGACCAAUGAGCUCGCAGGACACUUCCGCACAGACGAGGCCGCUGAAGGGGAAGAGACUGGGACAUGAACUGACUGAGUGUGUGUGAGUGUGUGUGUGUGUGUGUGAGUGUUCUACUGCAUCCCACUGGAGUAUGUUAACUGAGUUGAAUCAGUAAAAUAUCAGACUUGA